UUUCCUAUCAGCAAUAAAAAUCAUGGCUUUUUCCACCAUUGAAAUGUUUUUGCCCUUGCUUGUGUUCUUAACAUUGCAGGGAAAUGUUGUCUGUUUGAGUGGCAGCUGGAAAGUGUUAAUAAAAGAUGCAGGGAUUUCUUCCAUGCACAGCGUAGUUACACAUUACGAUACAGUCGUUUUGCUGGACAGAAAAAUGAAAUUAUCCGGCCGCCCUUGUGAUGACGGAGUUUCGAACUCGGGACAUUGCAUUGUUCAGUCGAAAGAAUACCAUCCGGCAACAAAUAGACUGCGUCCGCUGGGUGGAGUUUCGAGCGACACGUGGUGUUCUUCUGGUCAGUUUGGGCCCAAUGGGACUCUUAUUCAAACCGGAGGGUACGGUAAUGGCGGACAGAAGGUCCGGUACUUCACCCCGUGUACCGGUUCUGCCGGUGGCCACCAGCAGUGCCAGUGGAUGGAGUCGAAGGAACCAAUGCUCAAAGUAAUUAGAUGGUACUCUACGAAUCAAUUACUUCCAGACGGCACCCAGAUCGUGAUGGGAGGCAUUGGCGGCGCAAACUACGAGUACUUCCCACGACGGCACGACAACGAUAACCCAACAGACUUACCUCUACUCAAAAAUUCAAACAAGGACGAGAACAACGGCUACUACCCGUUUCUCCACCUCCUACCAGACGGCUCACUAUUCAUCCUCGCCGGAACAAACUGCAUCCUCCUCAACACCACCACAAACAAACCCAAAAAAACACUCCCUCCCAUACCAGGCAACCCCCGAACCUACCCAUCUGGCGGCUCAUCAGUCAUGUUAACACUCCAUCCAACGGACAGAAACUCCUACGUCGAAGCCACGAUCCUCGUAUGCGGAGGCUCGGCACCCGGAGCUUACUGGGCCAAAGGCGGCGCAAACAUGACGGCUAUGCGCACGUGCGGUAAAAUCACUCCCACAAAUCGGGAGCCGUCAUGGGAAAUUGAGUACAUGCCUUUUGCGCGCACAAUGGGUGAUAUGGUAAUGUUGCCCACGCAAGACGUCUUGAUAAUCAACGGUGCUACGAAGGGCUCUCAGGGCUACCAAAAGGCCGCCGGACCGGCCCUUCACCCGGUCAUUUACAGCCCCUCUAAACCGGCUGGGAGACGGUUCGAACUACAGAACCCUAGUGCGGUACCUCGUAUGUAUCACUCAACGGCUAAUUUGUUACCGGACGGGCGGGUUCUCGUGGCGGGUAGUAAUACCCACACAACGUAUGUUUUUGAUGGGGAUUUUCCUUCGGAGCUCCGUUUGGAGGCCUUUUCACCUGGGUAUUUGGAUAGCGGUAAUGAUAAGAUGAGGGUUAGAAUUGAGAGGAUUGAUGAGAGGGUGAGUUAUGGAGGAGUGUUUUCUGUUGCGGUUUCUGGUGCUGAAUUGUCUGAGUUUGAGGUGAAUUUGAUGAGUGCCCCUUUUGCUACGCAUUCGUUCUUGCAGGGGCAGAGAUUGGUGAAUGUUAAUGUUGUUGGGAAGUAUGGGCAGGGGACCACGGUUUUGAAAUGUAAAGCUCCGCCCAGGGCGGAGGUGGCGCCGCCAGGUUAUUAUAUGGUUUUUGUUGUCAAUGGUGGUAUCCCUUGCUCUUCUGCUGGUUGGGUAAAAAUUAUCACAUGAUUUUAAUUGGUUAAAUUGUUGGGUUUUUAUGGAGGAAAUUUCAAGUGCAAUUUUUUAUAGGGAUGUUUAUAGUGAAAUUCUAGAUGGUUUCUAGAGUAGUGACUCUUGAUCUUCUAUAGAUGAUUUCUAAUUUGUUUGCAAGCAAAGAGCUUGUAUUGAUCUGUUGGUGCUCGAUAUCAUUUGUAAAAUUAUAUAUUAUAUGAAUGAAAUUAUAGAAUGGCACAUAAAUGUAUGAUAAA